CGGGUUCCCGGCCUCCCGCCGGCCAUCCUCGUCCUCCCUGCCGGGCCGUCUGCCAUCCAUGUUGUCCGUCCUCGGGGCAGAUCGGUUCUCGAGGCGGCGCCAGCAUGUCGUCCUCGGCAAAGGCCCACGCGCUGGAGGACCUCGCUCCUGCCUCCGAGGAGAGGCUGAAAGGAAAGUCUCUGCUCACCUGGGGCUCUCUGUGUGGUCACCGGAGUGAGAAGAUUGUUUUUGCCAAGAGCGAGGGUGGCCCCGGCGAGAACGUGCUGACUGUCACCAUCACGGAGACCACGGUCAUCGAGUCGGACCUGGGCGUGUGGAGCUCUCGGGCGCUCCUCUACCUCGCGCUGUGGUUCUUCUUCAGCUUCUCCACACUCUUCCUCAACAAGCACAUCCUGUCCCUGCUGGAGGGCGAGCCCAGCACACUAGGCGCUGUGCAGAUGCUGUCCACCACGCUCAUCGGAUGCGUAAAAAUAUUUGUUCCGUGCUGUUUGUAUCAGCACAAAACCCGGCUCUCUUACCCGCCCAAUUUCGUCAUGACGAUGCUAUUUGUGGGUCUAAUGAGGUUUGCGACAGUGGUUUUGGGUUUGGUGAGCCUGAAAAACGUGGCGGUUUCGUUUGCUGAGACAGUGAAGAGCUCCGCGCCCAUCUUCACCGUGAUCAUGUCUCGGAUGAUUCUGGGGGAACACACAGGGCUGCUGGUCAACCUGUCCCUGGUCCCGGUCAUGGCAGGGCUGGCGCUGUGCACGGCCACCGAGAUGAGCUUCAACGUCCUGGGCUUUUCCGCCGCAUUGUCCACCAACAUCAUGGACUGUUUGCAAAACGUGUUUUCCAAGAAGCUCCUCAGCGGUGACAAGUACAGGUUCUCGGCCCCGGAGCUGCAGUUCUACACCAGCGCUGCGGCCAUGGCUAUGCUGGUCCCAGCCUGGAUCUUCUUCAUGGAUGCGCCGGUGAUCGGGAGGAGCGGAAAGAGCUUCAGCUACAACCAGGACAUCGUGUUGCUGCUUCUGACAGACGGUGUCCUGUUCCAUCUUCAGAGCGUCACGGCCUACGCCCUCAUGGGGAAGAUCUCCCCUGUGACUUUCAGUGUCGCCAGCACGGUGAAGCACGCCCUGUCCAUCUGGCUGAGCAUCAUCGUUUUUGGCAACAAAAUCACCAGCCUGUCGGCCAUCGGCACUGUCCUGGUGACGGUCGGCGUCUUGCUCUACAACAAGGCCAAGCAGCACCAGCAGGAGGCCAUGCAGAGCCUGGCCACGGCCACCACCCGGGCCCCUGAGGACGCCGCCGAGGAGCCGCUGGUUCCCAAGGACCCCAGACAGCAGCACUGAGCUCAGGAGGCCGCUGGGUGCCCAGGACCCGCCAGCUGCUGCAGUCCUCCCCGACGCCGCAGCCCCUGGAGCCCAGGCGCAGGAGACGCCCCCUCUAUGGCCACAGCCGGGGUGCAGCACAGGGGCUGUGUGUGGACGUGGGCGUUUCCUGCUCCCUUCUUGGUGUUUCAGUUAAACCCAGCGGCAACUGAGAGAUUCCAGUGUCAGCUUCCUGGGCGCAGACCAGAGCCCAGCUCAGCCAAGCCCUCCCUGCAGAAUGUGAAAACAGCCUCGCAGCCCCCGUCCCCUGUGGGUGACAACCACUAGGGCUGGUGCCCUGCUCGGAGCCAGCAGAGAACUCUGCUUCCCCACACCAGCCACGAAAGGCCACUGAAGCCCUGGGCUGUCGGGAGACGGGCCGCGGUGCUGGGGCAGGAGUCCGAAGCAGCCAUAGCCCGGGGCGCAGAGGCUACAGCGCGGAGAGAGCCCAGCUCCUCACAGAGCAGGGCAGACACUGGGGCGGAUGGGCCCAGGGAAACAGGGUCUCUGCACCAAGGAUGGGUCCCUAUCUGACCCAGAGCAUCCUCCCAAACCACCAAGGGGUCGUCAUUUUGCCCUCAAAGCCACAGUGUCAUGUAACACUCAAGGGAGAGGUUGUUCAUGGAGGGUCCUUGAAUCGCCUCUGCGGGGGGGAGAGGCCCUCCCUCCCGGAGCCUGCGCUGUGCCGGCCGCUCCCUGUGCGGUGACGUCAGCCCUGGAGGUUGCGGACAGACGGGACACGCUGACGUUCCUUUUCUUCUCUGGACUCUCGUGAGUGUCGGGGGCUGUUCCGAGGCUCCCUGGACUCACUGCUGCUGGUGUCGCCCUUGACCGGCCCGUUAGUUCCCCGCCUGCAGGGACGAGCAGCAGAGCACGGCAGAACAUCUGGAGUGUCUGCCGCUUUGGUCAUGCCGCAUCUAAAGUGACACUUUACUGAGGGAAGCACACGUCCAGAAGGUUUCUGGCGUCAUCGUGUGCAGGUAAACCACAGCCUGCAGACGGCCCUGCUCUGCCUGGCUCUCCUGGGGGACAGUGACACUGCAGCCCUGGGGCCACCAGGUGAGCCGAGCUUGACCUUCACUGAUGUCACUCGCCCCCCGGGGCGUGGAAGGCUGAGGCGUGCACGGCGGACCACGCCAGGCGUGUCAAGCAUGUGCAGGCUGAGGUUUCUGUCUCGCGUCCUGUCGGGUUUCUCAUUCGCGGAACCGUCCGUCGCCGGCCAGUCUGGAGACGCUCCAUCACCCAGGGCGCCGGGGCUUGUCGGAUGCGGCCACCUGGCACUAAUUGUUCCCUGAGCCUCACUGCCCCUCCUUGCCAUUCAGGUCUUUGGUGGCCCUAUCCGUUCACUGGUUUUCCAGUUGGCUUCUCACCUGGAAAAUACGAAAACAGUCCCUCCUGAAGACAAAAUCCCUCAGAAACAAAGAGCAAUAAUUACGUCUCAUUAGGUUCUACCUACCUGGAAAAGUCUGCCAUGACCAUGGGCCAACGCCAGGCCUUUUAACCCACAAGCCACCUUUAAAGCAGUUGACCUGAGCCUGGAGGACGGCCAGGUGUGCGCUCACCUGCACCAGCAGCUCCCUCCCUGCGAAGAUGGAUUCUCAUGUGACUUUCCCCGGCUUUCUAUUUCCCAUACUCCUCUUCUGCUUUCUUUCCCCCACAAUAAAAGGAAGGAACAUUCACUGGUGGUGGCCAGGUGGGGAGGGACGUUGCAUUGACCUGUGAGGACCCGGUUGAAAGCCCCUCCCCGGGUCGCCGUCGACCCCCACCCCAGAGGCUGCGGCUGCUGCAGCAGGCUGUGAGCAGGGCGGGGCGUCUCCGUGGAGGCGGCUGCAGGAUUUCACGCUGGUCUUUCCCAAAGGCUGUGGUCGGAGGGUAACUAGAGGCACAGGCGCCCGGUUUCCAAGUGCUGUCUGGAACUCUGGUCCCACAUGCCACGUGGACUCGAAGCUUCCCAUCACACGUGUCCCUUCACACUCACAGGCAGCUUUCAGCCUGUUUUGAUUUUCUAAAUUUGUGGACCAGAAAGAAAACAAAUAUUUUCCUAAAUUAUUAGCAAAUAAAGCAAUUUACUAUAGAGCUGCUUUGAGACCUUUCCUCACCCCAGGUGGAAGGAUCACAGAGUCUGGCCGUGGCUGGUGCUGUGCCCUGGCCUGGGGACACAUUCCUGCCCCUUCGUCCUGUCUCCAUGCGCAAGUCGGUUUCCAGCCGCCACUUCUCACGGCAUUUGCAGGACAGCCCUGCGCCCAGAGUCAAAGCCCAAGGCCUGGCUUGAGCAUCUAACGAUUUGUACAGACACAAUAUUUUUUUAAUUAACUUUGUCUAGGACUUUAACAGAAUAGUAUGUUCUUGUUGAACCGUCACAAACGUGCUUCUAGAAACAUUGACACUAGGUGUCAUUACUUCCAUUGGGUUAAUUCCUGCCAUCUGUGGUCAUUGUCUGGGUCUUCCAACCAGACCUUUGAGUUGCGUCAUCAGCUUGCUUAAGUUGGUACUCAGAGAGGUAUAGAUCUCUGAGUUUCAAGGAAACUGCGCCUACUGAAUGCCAUAAAAAGAUUCCUACUAAAAAUUCUGUUAAUCAUAAUUUCCUGUAUAAUAGCAUUAAAAUAAUCUGUCUGCCUGGAAAGUUGAGAAUACUCUUGCGCAAUCCAAAAUGUGUCUUUAAUUUGAGAAAAAUAAACAUGGUGAAUCAGAAACAGUAAAAAAAAAAAAAAAAAAGGCUGUACAAAGAAUGUCAGCCAAAUAGACAGAGGUCUGUCAAGUAUGUGUCACAAGACCAGUGAGUUUUACUUCCGCUGUGACACUGCUCUGGAUGGUCACUUGGGCAGGUCUGUGGGCAUGACAAACAGGACAGCUUUCUACAUCUGUCCACGUGACGCGCUUCCCAAGCCCCGGCAGUGUCUUCACUGCUUCCUUGGGUUGGGUGUCAUCACAGACGGAAUCCCACUUCUCUGCUUUCGCCUUUGACCAGCGUCGUACUGAGGGCUUUAUUCUUCCCCCAAAUACGUAUGUGCCCUAGGUGGGGCCUCUUCGGUCUCUUAGUUUAUAAGUAAGAUCAUCCCGGCUUCCCUGAUGAAUCCCUCUGUCCAGGCCGAGGGCCCCCGAGGCAGGCAUGAGGUCAUGCUGACCUAGGUCUGCACUCACUGCCGCUCAGAGCACGGAAAUCUUCCUAAGCCUAACCUUGGUAUCGCUAAAGUUUUUCUUCCAGUUUUCCUGGGGCCUGUGACUCUAUGGCUGCUGGAUCCUCGUUCAGACAUCCAAAUUCAGUUGGAAACUAUUCCAACUGGCAAAAUCCUUUUUUGUCUGUUUUUUGUUUUCAGUUUUCAUUUGCGGGAGAUUGGCAUUCAGCUGAUUAGCUAUUCCUAGACUGUUCGCAGAGAGAUGUGUGAGUCUUAACCUGCCCAGGGGGUGUUGCAGGUUUCACCUUGAAGAGGCCACAGACAGGGCAACUUUCCCCCAUGAAAAACUUGAAAAUUGUGUCAAUAAUUACCUUCUUCAGAGCCAAAUUACAUUUGCUUUAUACCAAACUGUGGAGGACUAAAAGUACAUUGUACAAAAUGUUUACAGUGUUUUGUAGGUCACCUGUUUCAGUACUUAUGUGACUAAGUUAGUGCUUCCUGAUGGUUCUGUUAAAUAAUUUAGUGAGUCACUGUUAAUUCUGCUGUGGUAAUAAGUUGAUACUGUGUAAUUAAUCCUGUGGAUGCCUUCUGGUUAUUUUUAUCUAAAUUAAGCAGCCAUGGUAAGCAACUGUCUAAGACUCUUGCU